CAAUCUGAACUAGCAGAUAGUUGAUCAGUUACUACGGAGGAGAGACUUUAAACAAGACACAAGUGAUAAGAAGAAUAACGUGAAACGUUGGUGGAAAUACUGUAGGAUUUUUAAACGAAGAUUUGUUUGACCCAUCAGGCGUUAUCAAGUUGAUAGUUAUCAAAAGUUUCGAAUUAAUCAUUUUUUAAAUCGUGAGAGAAUCAUGUACAAAGUGUGUCUCGUGUUGGUUUUGUUUGCCUCAGUCUAUUCAGAGUCGCAGGCGCGGGAGACAGAGACAUGGAUGCCCAUGAAGACCACUCAGCCGGCACAGGGGAUGCUGGAAGACAUCGCUGGGUCCGGAGCUUCGACCACCGCCGGACAUUCUGACGACUUCGGCUUCACCGACGACGACGAAGAUGAUGAGGACGACUAUGACACGUACGGCGAGGACGAGGACUAUGAGGAUGAAGAGAUGUCUGGCUCUGGAGACGGAGUACCCACCGUCACCAUCAACAACGACAACACCCAUCCAUCUUCAAACCCCAACAUUAAUGAGAACAAGAUCCCAGAGCUGGAGGUUCCCUUCAGGCCCAGGCCCACAGUCAACGAGAUCGAUCUGGUGCAGAACCGCAACGAGGUCCCGGUGAGAGCAGAGCCGCCCCAGCAGGAGGAACAUCCCUCCAACGUCCUCAUGUCCCACGCUGGCAGUGAGGGGCUCUUCAACAAGACAGAGAUCCUAGCAGCAGUGAUUGUGGGCGGAGCUGUGACGCUGCUCUGCGCUGUUCUCCUCAUAGUCUUCCUCAUCUACCGCAUGAGGAAGAAGGACGAGGGCAGCUACGACCUGGGGAAGAAGCCCAUCUACAAGAAGGCCCCCACCACAGAGAUCUACGCCUGAACACCGAGAGGCCCCACCCCUACCCACCCCAACCUGUCCUUUAGGACCCAUGAACCCAUAACCCCCCCCCCCCCCAUCUUUGCGUCUUUCUGCCAGUAACAACCCCAGGAGAAAAAACACGACUGUCUAGACUGCUUCUCCUCUUGACGCCCACCAGGAUCCAGCUCUCCCUCUAGUCCUGAUGUCAUCCAUUUUGACUCUCUCUCACAAGUCUGAAGCUGCACCCAUGUCUACCAGAGAGAGACAGAAAGGGAGAGUGGGACAGGACCAUUUCAGCUGCCAAAACAGUGCGGUACAUGUUUUAUUUUGUUUUAUCUGUUUCUUUCUUUUUUUAACUUUGUGUCCUGCUCAACUGAAAAUUGGACAAUUGCGAAUUGUAGAGAAUUCAGUGCUGUACGAACUGCAAUUUCCCCCCCUCUCUUUACCCUCCCUCCUCCUCUAACACACCUGUAAUACACUAACACAGCUCAACCUCCUCCUUACCCAGUCACAUUACAGAUAUUAGUCCUGUUAUUUAUUCACCCCAACCUCUUCCACCAUCCCCCCACCCCUUACUCACACACACAAACACACACACACACACACUCUUCUCUGAACCUUGUAUUGGCAGAGCUACUGGUGCUGCAGAAGUCUGUUACUGUGGCAACAGAUUUUAAUUUUUGAUUUAAUUUGUCGUCUUUGUUUAUUUUACUUUUUAAAGAGUUCAUGUGCAGUGAAAUCUCAAGCUCAGUUCUCAAUAAAAUAUUUUUGUGGAAAAUAAAUCAAUUUUAAUAUCAGGUUAUGUUUGAAGUGAAUUCCAAGAUUUGAGUGACAAUAUUACGGUACAAAAGUGCUAAAAGCCUCAACAAAACAGAUGUGGUUGGGAUAUAUCUAUCUCUAGGGUGUGUUUCUAGGUUAUGACUUGGACUGGACACAAACCAAUAUGCUGUUGCAAGAAGACAAACCCACAUUCCACAAAUGGACAUGUGGCACAGUGAUAUAAUAGACUCUGCUUACUAGUAUCAUCAGGUCUUCUUGUAGACUAGAGACUGUGCUUUAUUUGCAGGGUAUGUGCCUGUCGGGUAAGCUAUGUUAACAGGUUAUAGGAUCUACUCUUGUUAAGACAUGUUAACAGAUUAGGGUGUCCAUGGCUUGUCUGAGGUGAACAGGUCAGGGGUUCAAUCUGAAUCUAGUUUACUGUAAAUGCAAGUAAUGGGUCCUUUGCCUGUCCGUUAUUGCUAUAUAAUUAACAUACUGUAGUUUGAUGGCUGUAGUCACUGCACACAGAUUGUGGUCUUCCAGGGAACUGUAAAUAUCCAUUUGAAUAAAAUGUUGAACUUGGUACUUAGCCAUUUCCUGGCAGACUUCUAUUUACCAAAUAUUUAAAUGCCAAAUUAUUUUCUUUCUCACCCCAAAACGCGUAGUUUAGCGCAAUCUACUGUUAAAUACUUGGAAUGAUACGGCCUUCUUCAAGCCUGAGAAGCCUAGUUGGAAACGCUUGUUUUUAAAACUACCAAUGCUUGUACUAACUCAUACUGUGUUCUCUCUCAGUGUUUUUAAUAGAUCACCUGUUCCAUUUUUUUAAUUUUUAUUAAUUUAACUGUCAAAUAUUUUAUUGCCUUCUUUCAGGUUGGGGCAUUUCCCCCUUUAAGCUGUUGUAUAUGUGAUACAUUUUAUAUACACUAGUUCCAAGAUUUUCAGAAGCAAAUAGGUUUGAAACAGUUUUUUUUUUUUUUUUAAGUUGAUAUAUCUUUUAGACCUUUUUUUGAAGCAGUAUAUAUUUAUGUUUUGUAGAAGGAUUUGCCGUUGUUGUUCAGGGGACUUGAGUUGAACCAUGUGUCAUUUGCAUGGAGAAAUAAUCUGCUGCUUGUUGUCACAACAUGAUGUGAAUCAUUGAUCGAGUGGAGAAGUCAAUGAAUCAUUGGCUUCUGCAUGCAGGUUCUGAUUUAUUUGGAAAUAAAGCUAUUUUUAUGCACAUUAACAUUUUAA